UAUUCGUCAUAAGGGAGUGUCCGGCGAUGUAGCGUCGCGUUUGUAAUCAAACGCUUUUGUAUAUUUGACGUUUUUUAUUUUAUCCUUUAAGAUUGAUUCGCGCCUUAUAUAAGGUGUCAGUGUUUAAAUAAAUAUCUCAAUUUACAAUUCUCGAGCGAAUUAUCGUACAUCACACGAAACGAGUGGACAAAAGGGGGCACAGGUUAACAGGGAGUGUCUAAAAGAUCGGAGUUUUAUCUUCUAUAUUUAUUUAUAAUUUCUUGAUACUUGUAAAAUGUUUAUUAUAUAAUACGUUACAAGGUGUUCAAAAUGUCUCAUUUAUUGAGUAGCGUGAUAUUCUCGCUACUCCUUUUAUCACCUGUGUUUGCACAAAAUAUUUUAAAAUAUGGAGAUGAAGCAUAUGAGUGCCCUCAACACUGGACACGAUUUCAUGAAUCGUGCUAUCGUUUUAUCAAGAGUCCGUUGAGAGGACGGGAAGACGCACGAAGGAACUGUCAAGCAUUUCAAAGUGAUCUACUUACUAUUAAUACAAUAGAGGAACAUGGAUUUAUACUCUAUCAGUUACUAUGGCAGGAUCCGCAACAUCGUAGGUGGUACACUGGAAUAAAAUUACAGAGUGGCUUAUGGAUGAAUGAGGCUGAUAGUUCAACCUUAAUGAAUAUGGACAAUGCCUUUUUACCUGAACCUAAUGACAAUAUACUAGGAAGAGAUUAUUUGGCAUAUUCUUACUCUAAUAAUCUACAGCGUUGGGGAUUGGAGAAGGUCAAUGGCAGAGAAGAGCUCUUGUAUAUUUGCGAAGCACCCAUCGCUAUUCUCCAUAACUUGGUAGAAGAUGAUCGCACUUAUCAAUAUGGCGUUGAUAUUGAUAAUCCUCUCCAAAUACCCAGAGGACCAUAUUUUAUAAAACAACCUACAAGCAAAGUAUUUGAUGUAUCAAAGAGAAGAAUAAGUAACGAUGUUUCACUGAGUUGUUUUGCGGGUGGCUACCCUACUCCAACUUAUGAAUGGUUUAAAGAAGAUUAUGAAAAUGAUCGGCUUAUUGCAACAAAAAUAGAUCCUCUUUCAAAUAGCAGAUAUACUGUAAGCGGUGGAACAUUGAUCAUCUAUGAGCCUGAACAAACAGAAGACCGUGGCUCAUAUCAUUGCAAGGCUACUAAUAAAUUUGGUACAAUUAUGUCUGAGAGUGUUGAAUUGUCGUUUGGAUAUAUCCUAGAGUUUAAUUUAAAACGUUCUGAAGAACGGGGAGAUAAUCAUUGGGGUAAAGCAGUUUAUUGCGAUCCACCACAACAUUUUCCAGGAGUAAAGUAUUAUUGGGCCCGCGAUUAUUUCCCUAACUUUGUCGAGGAGGAUAAACGUGUAUUCGUUUCACACGAUGGAGCACUUUACUUCUCCACACUGGAAACAAUUGACCGAGGAAACUAUUCGUGCAAUGUUCAAAGUGUCGCAUCUGAUACUGGACGUAAUGGACCAUUCUUUCCAUUAAGAGUGAAUAUGCACUCUUCAUUUCAGCAACUAAAGUUUCCCAAUAAUUUCCCAAAGGCAUUUCCAGAAGCACCAAUAGCUGGAGAGGAAGUUAGAUUGGAAUGUAUCGCGUUUGGAUAUCCUGUACCUUCUUACAAUUGGACAAGAAGAGGUUCUGUUUUGCCGCGCAAUGCGUACGCGACGAGUUACAACCGGGUGUUGAUAAUCCCUCGUGUUCGUGUGGAGGAUCAGGGUGAAUAUGUUUGCCGAGUGUACAACGACAGACUGUCAAUCGAGAAUUCUGUACGAUUGACUAUACAAGCAGCGCCUAAUUUUACUAUUCCAUUGCUGGAUAAACACAUGGACCAUAGGGCAGACUUAACUUGGACCUGCGAAGCAUUUGGCAUACCAGAUGUCACCUAUAGCUGGUUCAGAAAUGGAGAACUUUUGGAUAUGUAUACUUUGCCGCCCGAAGAUAGGGAUCGUUACGUUAUACAAGAUAAUGUACUAAAUAUAAGGCACCUGGAUCCUGAGAGAGAUGAGGCUAUGUAUCAGUGUCGUGCGAGAAAUCAACUUAAGACAACGUAUUCAUCGGCACAACUUAGAGUUCUAUCGUUCAAACCUUCUUUCAAAAAACGGCCUAUGGAAUCCGAGACAUAUGCCGCAGAAGGUGGUAAUGUCACGAUUGUAUGCAAACCCGAAGCUGCGCCUAGACCGAAAUUCGUAUGGAAGAAGGAUGGAAACGUGAUCGGAUCAGGCGGUAGGCGAAGAAUUCUGGAUACUGGAAAUCUUAUUAUCAGCCCGGUAUCACGAGACGAUGAAGGAACAUAUGUGUGCACAGCAACGAAUCAGUAUGGCAGCGACGAGACUCGUGGGCGAUUAAUUGUAUUACGCGGACCACAACUUGUUGAAAGAUUGCCGCCACGAAUAAUCAUGUCCUAUAAUUACAAUCAGACAUUGCGUUGCUUGGGCCAUAUAGACGAAAUGUUAGAUGUGGCGUACAUUUGGACGCAUAAUGGUAUGCGUAUCCGCGAUAAAGAUUUGCGAAAUAAUCCACGAUGGCACAUUGAUGGCGAAUAUCUAGACAUUAUAAAUGCCACAUUCGCUGAAGCCGGCGAAUACGAGUGUAUAUUGAGAAGUGCUGUUGGUGAAAUAUCGAGCAAGACCAAUCUGAUCGUGCAAGGACCACCUGGACCACCUGGUGGGGUGCAAGUUGUGAAUAUCGUCAAAACUUCAGCCACAUUACGAUGGACUGAUGGCGCCUUGAACGGCAGAGUGAUAACUAUGUAUACAAUCAGCGCAAGUACAAAUUGGAAUAGCACGUGGUUUCCUCUUGUAGAAAACAUUACGGCUAUCGAGAUGGAUAGAUAUAAUGGUCGAAAAGAGGCAUUCUUGGAAAAUGUUUUGAAUCCUUACACCACAUAUGAGUUCCGCGUGCUAGCUUUCAACGAACUCGGUUAUGGUCCACCAUCAACUCCUUCACCUCGAUAUAGUACUCCAUCUGACAAACCCACAAAAUCACCAUCGAAUAUCAGUGGUGGUGGAGGAAAGAUUGGAGAUCUUACAAUCACAUGGGAUCCUGUUAGCCCAGCCGAUCAAAAUGGUCCUGGAAUCUAUUACAAGAUAUUCUGGCGUCGCAAAGGAUUCGAUACGGAAUAUCAGUCGUUAUCUUUGAAGGAAUACGGCAACGUUGGUAGCAGCGUCGUGUCGAUCCAACCUAAGUUUUACUACACGGAAUACGAAGUGAAAGUGCAAGCAAUCAACGCAAUAGGCGAGGGACCUAUAUCAGAUAAUGUGACAAUAUACAGUGCGGAGGAUAUGCCUCAAGUCGCACCGCAACAAGUGUUUGCCAUGAGCUAUAACAGCACCAGUUUGAAUGUCAGUUGGUUGCCGAUCGAACAGACUCGCGAGCGAGUGCGUGGCAAGCUGAUUGGACACAGGAUCAAGUACUGGAAGGAAAGCAACCGCGAAGAAGACGCUACUUAUUACUUGUCGCGCACCACUCGUCCUUGGUCUUUAGUAGUCGGAUUGCAACCGGAUCUAUAUUAUUACGUAAAGGUGAUGGCCUACAACACUGCCGGAGAAGGUCCGGAAAGUGAACGAUAUCUGGAGCGAACUUACCGCAUGGCGCCGCAGAAACCGCCGUCUUCGGUGAAUGUGUACGGCGUAAACCCGUCGACGAUAAGGGUCGUUUGGCGUUACGUACAACCGAGUCUAGAGGAGGAACCGCUAAUCGGAUACAAAAUACGCGUGUGGGAAGUCGACCAAGACAUGAGCACGGCGAACGAUACAAUAAUACCAGGUGGUUCCAAGCUGGAAGCCGAUAUCAGUAAUUUGAGCCCGGGCAAAGCGUAUCACUUGAGAGUGCUCGCGUUUAGCAACGGUGGCGACGGUCGGAUGUCGAGUCCUACUCAUACAUUCCAGAUGGGCGACGCCGCAGCCUUCAGGAGCAGCGCCGGAAACAAUAUUUUAAACAUUGUUCUGGCGAUUAGGUUAAUCAUGCUGCGAGUCUUUAGCCGAUCAAUGCGUUCCGCGCAUCUUUUCAAGAGGACCACGGAGGUCAUCUGCGUGUCAAGUGUAAGGAAUUUGAAUCUGUUGGAGUACCAGAGCAAAGAGCUUCUGCGCGAUUCCGGCGUGUCUGUGCAAAACUUCGCCAUCGUCGACGACCUAACCAAGACAAAUUCUGCAUUGGAAAAAUUGCACGCAGAUGAAUAUGUUAUCAAAGCUCAAGUCUUAGCAGGAGGUCGUGGCAAGGGUUGGUUCGAUAAUGGAUUCAAGGGAGGUGUACAUCUCACCAAAGAUCGUAAUGCUGUUACCAAUUACGUGAAGAAUAUGUUAGGUCAUCGCCUCAUUACUAAACAGACUUCAAAGGAUGGUAUACUGGUGCAGAAGAUUAUGAUAGCUGAGUCAGUGGACAUUGCACGUGAAACCUAUGUCUGCAUCCUGAUGGAUCGUGACCAUAAUGGCCCUGUACUGAUAGCAUCUCCAGCGGGUGGAAUGGAUAUCGAGGCAGUUGCGGAAAAGCAUCCGGAGCAAAUAAAAACUGUCCCAUUAGAUAUUUAUCAUGGAAUCGAUGACGAAAUAGCAAAGGAUGUCUCUACUUUUCUGGGAUUCUCCAAUCCGGAUAUCCUUAAGAAAGCCGUAUAUGAAUUGAAAAAUUUGUGGAAACUGUUCAUAGAUAUUGACGCUUUACAAGUGGAAAUUAAUCCGCUGGUAGAGACGACGGAUAAGCAAGUGGUAGCUGUAGAUGCAAAAAUCGCAUUCGAUGAUAAUGCUCAAUUUAGACAGCAAAAUCUGUUUUCUUUAGAGGAUGUCAGUGAAAAAGAUCCCAGAGAGGUGGAUGCGUCACGAUUUAAUUUGAAUUAUAUCGGAAUGGAUGGCAACAUAGGAUGCUUAGUAAAUGGAGCUGGUCUAGCCAUGGCUACAAUGGAUAUUAUUAAAUUAAAUGGAGGAUCGCCAGCCAAUUUUUUAGAUGUUGGAGGUAGCGUGAAGGAAGACCAAGUCUAUCAAGCAUUUAGAAUUCUUAGUGAAGAUCCAAAAGUCAAAGCUAUUCUCGUCAACGUUUUCGGAGGUAUCGUGAAUUGUAUAACGAUAGCAAGAGGAAUUGUUGCAGCAUCACGAAACUUAGGACUUCAAAUACCACUUGUUGUAAGGUUAGAAGGCACUAAUGUAACAGCAGCUAAAAAGGUCUUGGACGAAUCUGGAUUACCUAUUCUUACAGCAAAUAAUUUAGAUGAGGCAGCGAGGAAAGCAGUUAUCUCUGUUAGUACAUAAUUGUAUUUUAUGAGAAAUUUAAUACGAUGUUUAUUAUUGGUUUAUAUCUAUUUAAGACUGGAAAUCUGUGGUUUUAAUGCAAGAGAAAUAAUGUUAGGAAUAAGGAACUAAAAUGAGAAAGCACUAUAUGAUUUUUUCAUGUUAUAAUAUCAUAUUUAGGGAUUUUUAUGACUUGAAUAUUUUUAUAACUUGGAUGUAAACAUGCAUCUAAAUGCUGCCUACUAAUGUUUAUUAUUGCUUUUGUAUCAAGUAGAAGUAGAAAAUAUUUGUAGUCUUUAAUUUUUAUUAUUGCUCACAUUUUAUAUAUACAGUCUCAUCUUCACAAUCCUAAACAAAUCUAUAUCUUUAUUAACAAGAUAAGAUUACUAGAAUUUUGAAACAGUUAUUUUAAUUCUUUAUUAAAACCAAAUCAAAAUAUAUCGUUACCUUAUGUUUGUAUAUUUUAAUUGUUAAUUGAAAAUAUUUAACAAUCAUUUGCAUAUAGAAUAAAGAUUCAAGAAUGAUAUUGAAUCUAGCUAUAGAGGUUUGUAUUAAUAAAAUUCAGUUC